ACUACUAGUACUAGACGCCCUCCUAGAGGAUGGCAAGGACUCCGGGGCGCUGUGCUGUGGGUUGGUGCGAUUUCAAAGUCAACGAGGGCUUGUUUGUUCGAUCUGGGCGCAUCUGCUGGUUCGCCGGGGCGGGGGGCAUCCCCCUUUGCUCCAACCAUCCAAUACAAGUAAAUAUCAGAGGCAUCGGCUCAUCUUGCAGCACCAAGAUCUUUCUACAACCAGAAGCCAGGAGCUAAUUUCUAUCCUUAGAUCCAAGCGCAGGUUACUGAAGCUGUAGCAAUGGGGAUGGUCCUUGAGGCUUUUGCACCCUACGUGAUGAAAAUGCUCGUGGAGAUGGCACAAGAAGAGGUGGGGAUGCUCCUCGGUGUCUCCAGCGAGAUCGAGAGCAUGGAUAUCAUGCUCGGCGACCUCACGAACUUCCUUGCCGAUGCCGAUCAGCGGAACCUCACAGAUGAAUCCGUUCGGGACUGGGUUGCGCAACUCACACGCGCCAUGUAUGGGGCAACCGACAUCAUUGACCUCUGCCAGCUCAAGGCCAUGGAAAGUGGUCAAGCUUAUGGCAUGGGGUGUUUUAAUCCUUUGCUGUUCUGUAUAAAGGAACCUUUCCAUGCCCACGACAUUGGCAUCCGCAUCAAGGAGUUCAACCGGAGGCUUGACGCAAUCAGGGAGCGUGGCGCUGCAUUCAACUUCGUAAGUCUUGGUUCCCUCGAGGACCAUGGAGGCGAGGUGCACACAUCUUAUCCCUGCAAUCGCGAGACUUCAGGAGAGCUUGACCAGUGGAAUGUGGUUGGGGAGAAGAUCGAAGAAGCCACAGAGGCAUUAGUGGCCGAUAUCAUAAAAACAAGAAAUGAGGUCAACAACGACAUCGCGGUAGUCGCCAUCGUAGGCGGGUGUGGGAUUGGCAAGACCACCCUUGCGCAGAAGGUCUUCAAUGACGAGGCCAUCCAAGCUGGGUUCGACAAGAGGAUAUGGCUGAGCGUCAACAAGAACUUCCAAAAGGCUGAGCUUCUGAAAACCGCAAUCAUCGAAGCCGGAGGUGACUUAUUACAUCAUGGAAAUGAGGCCUUGCUUGUGCAAAGGCUUGGCUCGUCCUUGGAAGGGAAGAAGGUCUUGCUGGUGAUGGAUGAUGUUUGGAGCCCCGAACCAUGGGACCAUGUGCUCAGAGUACCAUUUCUAAAUGGUGCUGUGCAAGGUAGUCGAGUGCUCAUCACCACGAGAAAUGAAGGUGUUGCCCGUAGGAUGAGAGCCGAGCAUCCCUACCACCGUGUAGAUAAAUUAGGUCCAGAAGAUGCCUGGUCAUUGCUGAAGAAACAGAUAAUCUCCAGCGAGAUAGAUGAACCCGAGAUUGAUAUGCUAAAGGAUAUUGGAUUGCAAAUUAUAGCAAAUUGUGGUGGUUUGCCACUUGCUGUUAAAGUGAUGGGAGGAUUGUUGUGUCAGAGGGACAGGCGACAGCGUGACUGGGAGGUGCUUCUGAAUGAUUCAAGUCCAGGAUAUGAAAUGCCCAAGGAGAUAAACUACUCAGUGUACUUGAGCUAUGAAGAUCUGCCACCUUAUCUGAAGCAGUGCUUUCUGCACUACUCACUUCUUCCUACAAAUACAGUGUUCUAUGAGAAUGACAUUGUUGGCAUGUGGAUUAGCGAAGGUUUUCUUCACGGAAACUCACAGGAUUUGGAAGGUUAUUUAGAUUUGGAAGAUUUAGGAAGUGAGUACUACAACAAGCUUAUACGGAGGAACCUUAUAGAGCCAGAUGCAAGGUACACUAGUCAACGGGUUUGCAACAUGAAUGAUGUUGUUCGCUCAUUUGCUCAAUCCAUUUGUAGGGAUGAGGCACUAGUAGUGGCUCACAAUGGAGAUAUGUAUGGUUAUCUUAGUUCAAGAAACUUUUAUCGGGUGUCUCUACAAAGCAAAGGAUUGGAGUCAGAUAUGUUAGUCUGGAGUCUUGUACAAGAACAGACAUCAUUGCGAAUGCUAGUAUCAAUUGGCCAGAUAAAGCUUAAACCUGGUGAUUCUUUGAUGGCUUUUCCAACUCUGCGAAUCCUACAUAUAGAAUCCACAAAUGCUGCUGCGUUUGUUGAAUCUUUGUGUCAACUGAAGCACCUGAGCUAUUUGUCUGUAGCACACACUGAUGUAUCUAGUCUUCCAGAAAACAUCAACACGAUGAAAUUCUUGCAGCAUAUUAACCUCCAGGGCUGUGAAAGUUUUGAGAAACUUCCUGAUGGCAUUAUAAAGCUAGAGCAGCUUAGGUAUCUAAACCUUAAUGACACAGGUAUAAAUGUUAUACCUUGGGGUUUUCAUGGUCUAAUAAAUUUGAGGAAAUUAUAUGGGUUUCCAGCCCAUAUGGAUGGUGACUGGUGUAGUCUGGAAGAGUUGAGGCCUCUUUCCCAGUUAAGAGAAAUUGGAUUGAAGGGUUUAGAGAAUAUAGCUGCUCCCUCAUUUGCCGCACAGGCCAGGCUUGGUGAGAAGGUGCAUCUUACCUACUUGAAGUUAGAGUGCACCAGCAGAUCGGGAGGUGAUGAGUUGGUUAAGGAAGGAAGAGGUGUUUUUCAGGAUGAAGAAAAACAACGAAUUGGGGCGGUGUUUGAUAGGCUCGCCCCACCACACUGCUUAAGCAUUCUUGACAUCCAAGGAUACUUUGGUCUGCAGCUCCCAAUUUGGAUGAGAACAACAGAAGUGAUCCUUCUUGAAAGCUUGGUUGUUCUGACGAUGGUAGAUUUGGCUUGCUGCACCCAGCUUCCAUCUCGCUUGUGCCGGCUUCCCAACUUGAGGAUCCUUAAGAUUCAACGAGCCCCAGCCAUCAGCCGUGUUGGGCCUGAAUUCCUAGGAGCUCACGAAGGUCAUAUCCAAGAGUUGAUCAUGUUUCCUAGAUUGCGUGAGCUGGUCUUCUUUCGAAUGGUGGAGUGGGAGGAGUGGGUGUGGGAGAAGCAAGUAAAUGCGCAAGCCAUGCCUGUCCUGGAGGAGCUUCUGCUCGAUAACUGCAAACUCAGUAGCCUUCCUCCUGGCCUUGCCUUCCACGCAAGGGCUUUGAAACGACUGGUCAUUACUGCGGCUGUAAACCUCAGCUCUCUUGAUAGUUUUGCCUCUGUUGUUGAGCUUGACGUGUAUUUCACUCCACAGCUGAGAAGUAUAACUGAUCUGCAUGAACUCCAGAAGCUUACAAUCGCAUUCUGCCCAAAGCUCGAGAGAUUGAUUCGUGUUCCUGCAAUCCGAAGACUUGUGCUGGAGGAUUAUGACAUGGAAACACUCCCGGGAUACCUUCAAGAUGUAGGGAACCUGGGCGUUUUGCAGCUAGACUGCAGCGCAGAGCUUCUCACGUCCAUAGCAUUGGGCAAACCUGGACCAGAGUGGAAAAAGUACAGCCAUGUCAAGCAUGUCAAGGCAUAUGCACAUGAUGGGGGCAAUCGAAGGAAAUGGUACGUCUUAUACACAAAACAUCCCUACAAAUUAGAGACGAACAUCAGCCAACACUCAUCCAAACUGGCAGCUGUUGGCAAAGAUGAAGACAAGCUUAUUGGCAAAGAUGAAGAAUACAUUAUUGGCAUAAACAGCUUAAAUGACUCAGUCAACGAAGAUAACCGAGAACUUGUUGGAAUUCAUAAGCCAUGCGAGGAUCUAAUCAAGUUGCUGAUGUGUGGCGAUGAGAAAGAACUAAAAGUGGUCUCCAUUUGUGGAACUGGGGGUUUGGGUAAAACCACUAUUGCACGUGCAGUUUAUAGGAAGAUUGCAAAUGAAUUCAGUUGUAAAGCUUUUGUUGACGUGCCCCGUGAUCCUGACAUAAAAGUGAAUAUUGGGACCAUAUGUGGUGAAGUUGGUUGUCCUCGUCCCAAGUUUGAAGAAUGUGAUGUUCAACAACUACUCGACCGACUCAAAAUAUUCUUUGAAGAGAAAAGGUACUUAAUCAUUUUGGAUGGUAUGUGGACCACAUCAGUAUGGGAUCAAAUUCUGCCUGCACUGAAAGAGAAUAAACAUGGAAGUAGAAUAAUGAUUACAACUCAGAAUGCCAGUAUUGCUGAACAUGUUGGUGGUCUUUAUCAUCUGCCACUUCUUUCUUACAAUGAUUCAAAUAUGUUAUUCUUCCAAAGAACAUUAUUUGGGAGUGAACGUCAUUGUCCUCCUCAAUUUAGAGAAUUGUCCAAGAAAAUGAUAAGCAGAUGUGGACUGUUACCAUUAGCCAUCAUUGUCGUAACUGAUUUACUGCCUAAAGUUAUGGUGUUAGAUGAAUGGCAAAAGGUGUGCGAUUCUAUUGAAAUGGGUGACAAUAUGGAGAAUAUCAGAAGAGUUUUACAACACACUUAUGAUGAUCUACCUCAAGAUCUCCAGAGAUGCUUGCUGUGUCUAGGUAUUUUCCCAGAGGGCUAUGAGAUUGGAAGAGAUAGUUUGGUGCAGAGAUGGAUAGCUGAAAAUUUAAUAUGUGGGGAGCGUGGACAGAACUUACAGGAACUGGGUGAGAGUUAUUUUUCUGAACUCGUAAAGUGUAACAUGAUCCAACCGAUAGAAUUUGACAGUUCUGGAAGGGAUCUGCUUUACCGUGUACCUGCAAUAACUCUUGAUUUUAUUGUCAGUUUGCCAGUUCACAAGAAUUUUGUUACUAUAUUACCUGCCCUACAACAACAAACAGAUCUCUCAAGCAAGGUAGAACGAUUAUCUCUCCAAGACAGCAAUGAGCGACAUGAUGUGCUAAGAGCAACCAAGACCACUGGCCAAGUGAGUUCACUCUCUCUCUUUAAUGGUGCUGAUUUGAUGCAGCCACUUUCAAAGUUUCAAGGGCUGCACGUGUUAUAUUUACAGAGAUGUGAUUCUGUGAAGAAUGAACAUCUUAAGGGUCUUGAGAGUUUGGAUAAGCUGAGGUAUCUGGUUCUAGGCAGCAGUCAGAUUACUGAGAUCCCAAAAAAGACCGGGGAACUACGCCAUCUGCAGAUGCUGGAUUUGAGGGCAACUGGUGUAAAAGAGCUACCAUCGAGUAUUGUUAAGCUUACAAAACUACGGUGUCUGCUUAUUAACAGAUCCACAGAAGUGCCAGAUAAGAUUAUCGGGAAACUACAUGCUCUAGAAGAACUAGCGGAAAUCGAUAUCUCCAAGUCUCCAAAUAUUCUGCAAGAGAUUAGUACCAUGCCAAAACUGAGGGUGCUCAGCAUUGCCUUGUGGUCAUGGGAUGAGCUUCAUACCACACUUCUGUCCGACACUCUCUGCAAAUUGACUACGAAGAAACUCAAGCAUCUAUCUAUUUUCUCUUACUGUUUACUAGAUUUCAAGUCAAAAAGAGAGUCAGAUUUAAAGCCACUCCAAAAACUUGAAAAGCUUGAGAUACAGGGCAGCAUAUUUGAUAAAUUACCACAUUGGAUUAGCAGCCUCACUGUUCUCCGCUCCUUGUCCAUUGAGAUCUACUCCUUUGGAAAGGAUACCCUUGAAAUACUCGGGAAAUUAGAGCAUCUUGUUUUCCUAUCCCUUGUUGCGAAGCGGAGUGCAGGAGAAAAGUUAGUGAUUGUUAAAAAUACAUUCUGUACCCUGAAAACCUUCCUUCUGUUCAAUCGUGCCAUGGCGAUCGGGUUCGAGAAAGGAGCUAUGGAGAAACUUCAAAGUCUUAAGUUAACGCUGCAGGCGUCACUGACAAAAACGGAUGAUCUUUGUUUGGGCCUGGAUACUCUCUCUUCACUUCAGCACGUCCAUGUUGAAAUUAUCUGCUUUAGUGCCACCAAUGGGGCUGUGAAGGUAGCUGAGACUGCAAUCCGGAGCAUGAUUGGAAAUAACCCUGGUAAGCCUAGACUUGAAAUGAAAAGAAUCAUGGAGGGAUAUAUGGAAGAAGAUAAAAAGGAAGAGUCAGAAUGUGAAAUCGAGGUAGAAGAUGAAGAUCAAGAAGCACUCUGUGUGACAAAGCCGGAAGAACAGACCGUUACAGCAAAGAAGAAGAAGAGCAGGAGGGCAAGGAAGAAGAACAAGAGGCAUCACUAGAAACAACGAAGAUCGGUGCCUUCGCCUACUUCUACCUGGGUGGACUUCCAUUUUGUUUUUGUUUGUGUUCUGUAUUUGCUUCCGUUUGCACGUGAAUUCAUGAACUACCACCAGCAGGGUGCCUCGUGCACAACAUCAGAACUUUAUAAUCUGUAAUAGGACUAGUCAUCUCGGUACUUAAAAACUGAUGCAUCGUGGUGCUGCCAGUUUUUUUGCCCCAUAGCCCAAACCCGGGUGGUGGGUUUUUCUGGCGGUACGGUGCUUACAACUCUCUGUCUAAUUUCUUGUACUAGUUCAUUUAUUGCCGUUGUGAAAUAUAAUCAAGAAUGAGGGAAACCUUGUUCGAGAAUUUAUCUUCA